CGCAAUGCACGUGCGGAGCAAGGAGCCCUGAAGCAAGCAUACUGUUAUACGUUUCACUGCCUGUGCUCCCCAAGAAGUCCUAUACGCCUGGCGCCGGAAAGGGCUUUUUUGUCUUUGCUGCUCAGAUCGCAUUGCUGUGUCGUCUGCCAACACCAACUAGCUAGAAUGCUGCUUUCUGACGUUAGGGUGUGUUGAGGGCGGUAUCGCGCUCUCGGCUCUCGGGCGGACAGUGUCACGCCCAUCGCAAGCACAAGCUCGCUAGAGAAAAGCAAGAGCGGUGAUGGCGCCGCAAGGUGGAAUAGCGGCGAUGUUCAGCGCGCUGCCACCAGCGCGUAAGCGCCUCAUAGCAAUUGCCGUGAUUGCCGGAGGCCUCACCGCCGGCGCACAGGUGAAGAAGCUGGUCCGCAGCGCGCAGCGCGAGCAGCGGGCGCUGUGCGCCGAGGUGGAGGCAAGCCGCGGCGGCGGCAGCUCGCGCCGCACCAGCACCGUGCGGAUCGCGGUGGACAAGCGCUUCUUGAGGCGGCUGCUGGUCAUUCUAUCCAUCUGCGUGCCCAGCUGGUGGUCCAAGGAGGCGGGGCUCAUCCUGGCGCAGGGCGGGCUGCUGGUCAGCCGCACACUGCUGACCGACUGGAUCAGCCGCAUCGAGGGCUACAGCGGCUCAACGCUGGUGUCGCAGCAGUUUGACAAGUUCUGGCGCUCGCUGGGCAUGUUUGCCCUCAUCGGCAUCCCGGCCGCGGUGGUCAACAGCGGGCUCAAGUACAUGCAGAAGCAGAUCGAGCUGGCCUUCCAGGAACGACUCACCAGCUUCCUGCACGCGCAGUAUUGCAGCAACCGCGCCUACUACGCCGCCUCCACGCUGGGCGGGCUGACGCACGCCGACCAGCGCAUCACGGAGGACGUGGAGAAGUUCGCGGCAAGCAUCAGCGAGCUGUACGCGCACACGUUCAAGCCGCUGCUGGAUGUGGUGUUGUUCACUCGCAGCCUGGCGCGGACCAUGGGCUACCGCGGCCAGUUCAUGCUGUACGCCUACUACGUGUGUGUGGCCUACCUGCUCCGCGCCAUCAGCCCGCCCCUGGCCGCCAUGACGGCGCAGGAGGCGGCGUUGUCGGGCGCCUUCAGGGCGGCGCAUCAACGGCUGGUCACGUGCAGUGAGGAGGUGGCGUUCAACGACCCGCCCGCGGGCGCCGCGGAGCAGCUGGUGCUGAACCAGCACCUGCGGCGCCUGCUGCGGUACACCGGGCUGUCGGCGGCGCAGCGCGGGAUCCAGCAGGUGGCGGACGGCUACUUCGUCAAGGAUUCAUUGAAGAUUGCAGAGGGUGGGGAGGGGGGGAGGGGAGAGGAGGUGGCGGACGGCUACUUCGUCAAGUACUUUGCCAGCGUCACGGCUCUGGUGGUGUACGGCCUGCCCAUCUACUUCCAGGACCCCUCCCGGCGCGGCAGCCAGGGCGAGCUGACGCGCGACUACAUCCGCUCCAUGCGCCUGCUGCAGAACACCAGCAGGGGUGUGGGCGACCUGAUCCUGGUCUACAAGCGCGUCACGGCGCUGGCCUCCCACACCAGCCGCGUGUCGGAGCUGCUGGAGCAGGUGGCUCGGCUGGUGGGCGAGGACGCCGAGCACCGCGAGCUGUUCCGCAAGAACGUCAGCGUCAACCACUUCCUGGGGCUGUCAGAGCCCUACCACGCGCCCGGCGAGGCGGCGCCCGCCACGGAGCCGCCGCCGCCGCCGCAGCGGCUGCUGGGCGCCACGCUGUGCUUCCACCGCGUGGCUCUGGACUCGCCCGACGGCACGCCGCUCAUCCGCGAGCUCAGCUUCGAGGUGCUGCCGGGCAAGAGUGUGCUGCUCAUGGGCCCCAACGGCUGCGGCAAGAGCUCGCUGUUCCGGGUGCUUGCGGGGCUGUGGCCGCUGCAGGCGGGCGAGAUCACCACGCCCGAGAAGGGCAAGGUGUUCUACCUGUCGCAGCGCCCCUACCUGGUCACAGGCACCCUGAGGGACCAGAUCCUGUACCCCAACCCGCCCCGCUCGGUGUGGCGGGGCGCCACUGCCGCCGAGCACGACCACUUCGCGGCCUGCAGCGGAGGCCGAGUGCCGCCCGCACCCAGCGCCGAGCUGGACUCGCUGCUGGGCGGCUGCCUUCGCGCGGUGGAGCUGGAGUACCUGCUGACGCGGCACGGCUGGGAGGCGGUGCACAACUGGAACGAGGUGUUGUCGGGCGGCGAGAAGCAGCGGCUGGCCAUGGCGCGACUGCUGUACCACCGGCCGCAGUACGCGGUGUUGGACGAGUGCACCAGUGCUGUGUCGGCGGACGGCGAGCUGCGGCUGUACGGCGAGUGCCUGCGCAGCGGCGUCACCUUCCUGUCCAUCGCGCACAGGCCCGCACUGAAGCGCUUCCACUCGGCCGUGAUCCACUUCGACGCCAACGUGUCGCAGACAGGACUGGGCUGGUGGAGUGAGGCGCUGGAGGAGCCUGGGCCCGGCUCCGCUGCCAGUGCGCCCGCCGCGCUGCCGCCCCUGCAGCCCGGCGGCGGCUCCGGCGCGGGAGCGGGAGCGGGAGCUGGCGCGGGGAAUGGCGGCAGCGGCAGUGGUGUGCCCACGCCCACACACGCCGCUCGCCGGGGCGGCGCCGCCACCGGGGGGCAGUAGCUGGAGCAGCGGGAAGGCAGUAGCUGGAGGUGCCGCCACUGGCUUUGCAGUAGCUGGAGCAGCAAGGCGGGAGCGAGGCAGCGGCAGAGAUGGAAGCGGCGGCGGAGAUGGAAACAGCGGUGGCGGUGGCCGCAGGGCCGAGGUUGGGGUAGCGGCGGCGGUCGUGGCCGCGGAGGCGGCGCAGGCGUGGCAGCGUGAGAGGAGGCGGCGCAGGUGGAACCGUGGCGCCGCGGCAGCACCGCCACGCCAGGCACCUAGCUGCUACUCGGCACCUAGCUGCUACUCGGCACCUAGCUGCUGCUCGGCACCUAGCUGCUGCUCGACUUGGAGGCAUGCGCCUGAGGUUAAGGGGGGGCAGGGAGGCACCUAGCUGCUACUCGGCUUGGAGCUAGGCAUGCGCCCCUGGUGAAGGCUGCCGCGAGGAGGAGGCCGGAGGGGGCGGGGAGGCCUCGCACGACGACUCAGGCGGCGGGUGGAGCCGUGGCGUGUGGAUAUGCGUAUGCACAGCGGUGUAUGCACGGUGGUGCGGCGGCGGUGGCGGCGGCGGUGGCGGAAACACGGGCGUGGCCGGUGCUUUUAGGCCUUUGGUGCGCGCGCGGAGGGCGGGGAGGGGUUGGGGCGGGGGGGUGCGAAGUGGCAAUGGAGGGGAUGGAGUGGCAGAAGGGCGAGUACGUGCGGGCGGGCACUGAUGGGAGCGCCUGGAAGCACACCUGACGGCUGGUGCAAACACAUUCCAACGCUCUGUCGCUGCUGUGAACACAUGCAUGUGGCAGAAAGGGAUGUAGAAUUGUAGAUACGAGAUGCGGGAGCUGUGUGUGUGUUUGUGUGUGUGUGUGGGGGGGGGGGGGGGGGGUAACCAUCCAUGGGAUGGUGUGUAUCAAAUAUGAAGUGAAGUGCCGACGUCCAGAGGUACAGGGGGGGGGGGCGGGGCACAUGGGCACGGGAGCCGAUUUGGCAAGUACCGUGCCGUAUUGCAAGUAGCUGGAGGCGCCGCAUGCUUACAUACUCCGAAGGACGCAUUGAGAGCUCACCAUGGUGGCAAUGUUGUUGCGGGGUUGGGGACGCGCAUGUUCCCACGUGACAGUCAGCACCUGGCCGCGCAAAAUACUCUUGCCGGACGGGCUUAGUAAGUGCAUGAGGUCUAGUGUCAGCGCGGUAGGCAGCUAGGUGCCGGCUUGCUACAGCUUGGGGCCCAAGUUUCAGGAUCCAGGAAAAAACGGGCCCAGCUCCAUUUGGGCCCGCCUGCACCAAACAUGAUGGUACAUCGCUAACUAGGAA